AUGGGAAGUCCAGUUUCUGGAGAUCUGUGCGAGAUGGUAGUCAGGCAAUUAAAAAACAACAUUCUUCCUCGCUUCAUACCCAAUAUGCUACUCUAUAAAUGUCACAUAGAUGACAUCAUCAUCCUGUGGAAGUCAGAACCGAAUCUGAAACAGUUUGUGGAUACGGUGAACAACAAUCAGUACAGUCUGGUGAUUGAAAUAGAGCAGCAUAGCUACACAAAUGUCCACUUUUUGGAUAUCGACAUCUCCUUUGAAGGUCAGAAAAUACACACGGCGGUAUACAGAAAAACCAGUAACACCUCAACGUAUAUUCCGAUGGGAUCAUGUAAUCUUUUUCAGUACAAGUUAGCAGCCUUUAGGGCUUUAAUCAAGAGGGCUUUUACACACUCCUCCUCUCCCCAAGCGCUAUCUCAAGAAAUGAGGCACAUACAGGAGAUAGCUGUGGCCCAUGGCUACACCAACAUCGUACAGGGAUUGUAUAAACGGUAUAGAAGUAGCCAGGAGGCAGACAACCGGACACAAAGACAAAUACAAAUUGAAGAAGAAAAUAUAGAAAGGAUCCCCAUCACAUUCAAUCCACAGUUAAAAUCGAUGUAUAACGAGAUAGCAAGGAAACAUCAGGUCUAUAUAACAUACAGGAGAUGCCAAACCAUUUUCCAAUUACUACGUAACGGAAAAGACCCACCGAACCUGGUCAAAUUACCUGGAAUUUACACCAUACCGCUAACAGACCACAGGUUCGACAGAGAAGUGAUUAACAUUAGCUCAACCAGACAAUCAUUAGGGAUUAGAAUUAAAGAACAUAAGGCUGACGUACAACACAACAGAACGACUACAGCUCUCUCAACAUAUGCAACAGAUACAAACAUCACAUUGGACUUUGAAGCAGCGCACAUUAUCAUCACUACCACCCACCCCGAACAUCUUAAGUAA